GGAAGUGAAACUCUAAGAAAUAAGAUGGAGAAGUACGAGCGGAUCCGAGUGGUGGGGAGAGGUGCCUUCGGGAUUGUGCACCUGUGCCUGCGAAAGGCUGACCAGAAGCUGGUGAUCAUCAAGCAGAUUCCAGUGGAACAGAUGACCAAGGAAGAGCGGCAGGCAGCCCAGAAUGAGUGCCAGGUCCUCAAGCUGCUCAAUCACCCCAAUGUCAUUGAGUACUACGAGAACUUCCUGGAAGACAAAGCCCUCAUGAUUGCCAUGGAAUAUGCACCAGGCGGCACUCUGGCUGAGUUCAUCCAAAAGCGCUGUAAUUCCCUGCUGGAGGAGGAGACCAUCCUGCACUUCUUUGUGCAGAUCCUGCUUGCACUGCAUCAUGUGCACACCCACCUCAUCCUGCACCGAGACCUCAAGACCCAGAACAUCCUGCUUGACAAACACCGCAUGGUCGUCAAGAUCGGUGAUUUCGGCAUCUCCAAGAUCCUUAGCAGCAAGAGCAAGGCCUACACGGUGGUGGGUACCCCAUGCUAUAUCUCCCCUGAGCUGUGUGAGGGCAAGCCCUACAACCAGAAGAGUGACAUCUGGGCCCUGGGCUGUGUUCUCUACGAGCUGGCCAGCCUCAAGAGGGCUUUCGAGGCUGCGAACCUGCCAGCACUGGUGCUGAAGAUCAUGAGUGGCACCUUUGCACCUAUCUCUGACCGGUACAGCCCUGAGCUGCGCCAGCUGGUCCUGAGUCUACUCAGCCUGGAGCCUGCCCAGCGGCCACCACUCAGCCACAUCAUGGCACAGCCCCUCUGCAUCCGUGCCCUCCUCAACCUCCACACUGACGUGGGCAGUGUCCGCAUGCGGAGGGCAGAGAAGUCCAUGGCCCCCAGCAGCACAGGGAGCAGGACCACCAGUGUCCGCUGCAGAGGUAUCCCCCGGGGACCUGUGAGGCCAGCCAUCCCACCACCACUGUCAUCAGUGUAUGCCUGGGGUGGUGGGCUGGGCACCCCCCUGCGGCUGCCAAUGCUCAACACAGAGGUGGUCCAGGUGGCAGCUGGGCGCACGCAGAAAGCCGGGGUCACGCGCUCUGGGCGUCUCAUCCUGUGGGAGGCCCCACCCCUAGGUGCAGGCGGAGGCAGUCUCCUCCCUGGGGCAGUGGAGCAGCCACAGCCCCAGUUCAUCUCGCGUUUCCUGGAGGGCCAGUCGGGCGUGACCAUCAAGCAUGUGGCCUGUGGGGACUUCUUCACUGCCUGCCUGACUGACCGAGGCAUCAUCAUGACGUUCGGCAGUGGCAGCAAUGGGUGCCUAGGCCACAGCAGCCUCACUGACAUCAGCCAGCCCACCAUUGUGGAGGCUUUGCUGGGCUAUGAGAUGGUGCAGGUGGCCUGUGGGGCCUCUCAUGUGCUGGCCCUGUCUACUGAGCGAGAAUUAUUUGCCUGGGGCCGUGGAGACAGUGGCAGACUGGGACUAGGCACCAGGGAGUCCCACAGCUGCCCCCAGCAGGUGCCCAUGCCCCCAGGACAGGAAGCUCAGCGAGUUGUAUGUGGCAUCGACUCCUCCAUGAUCCUCACUGUGUCUGGCCAAGCCCUAGCCUGUGGGAGCAACAGGUUCAACAAGCUGGGCCUGGACCACCUCUCCCUGGGGGAGGAGCCUGUCCCCCACCAGCAAGUAGAGGAGGCCCUGAGCUUCACACUGCUAGGCUCUGCACCCCUGGACCAGGAGCCUCUGCUGAGUAUAGACCUGGGCACUGCUCACUCAGCUGCUGUGACUGCCUCGGGUGAUUGCUACACUUUUGGCAGUAAUCAGCACGGGCAGUUAGGCACCAAUGCUCGCCGAGGCAGUCGGGCACCCUGUAAGGUCCAAGGCCUUGAGGGCAUCAAGAUGACAAUGGUAGCCUGUGGGGAUGCCUUCACUGUAGCUAUUGGGGCAGAGGGCGAAGUGUACUCUUGGGGCAAAGGGGCGCGAGGUCGAUUGGGAAGGAGGGAUGAGGAUGCCGGACUCCCUCGGCCAGUGCAGUUGGAUGAGACACACCCUUACACGGUGACUUCCGUGUCCUGUUGCCAUGGAAACACCCUCCUGGCUGUUCGACCAGUCACAGAUGAGCCGGUCCCCCCCUGAGGAACCUGGAUACACCUCUGGACCACCCUGAUAUUGCUUCUCCUCUGAGUGUUCUGAAAAGUGCAGGUGCCCAAGGCAUGACUUGCAGCCGUCUUCUGGAUUGUGUCAUCAUGGGGUAUCAGGGCUGGCAAAACCCCUGCUCUGCUUUUGGCCUUGGAUAUGGAAACCUCAACCACUUUGUUCUCCCACCACCUCUUUGCCCUUCCUACCCCUUCCUCCCUUCUGUCAGUGUCCCCAGGGUCCAGCCUGGCUAGAGUUAGAAGGCAGACCUAGCCUUUGGAAGUAGGGUGGCCUCCAGAGCCAUAAAAAGGCUGAAGGCAGCUGGGCGCGGUGGCUCACGCCUGUAAUCCCAGCACUUUGGGAGGCUGAGGUGGGCAGAUCACGAGGUCAGGAGAUUGAGACCAUCCUGGCUAACAUGGUGAAACCCCAUCU